GGCCCUUGAUCUACUUGCAUGCGCGUGUUUGUGUAUAGUGUAGGCUAUGUGUGUAACUGAGCGUGUGUGUGUGUGUGUGUGUGUUCGUGCAGCGCUGUGUGGAGAGCAAGUCGAGAUACAGUAGUAACCCAGAGUGAGGUGGCAGUCUUAUUCCACAUCGACACUGACUUGCCCUGCAUACAUCCUAUCUUUCUCUAUAUCGCAGAGCGGACUUGAGGAGUGAAAGAGGAAAGAGUCAAGAUGGCAUCUGAAAGUGGCCGUGGACAAUCCGGGAUCUAGUCUAUUCGGGUUUUUUUUUGUUUUUUUUUUGUACCACAGAGCACAAGUGACUAUCCGUGCAAGGCGUUAAUAACUAAGUUGCUCGUGGCCCUAUCAGGAUUUCGCUGGUGUGGAAUAGCAACAAAUGAGGGGAGCGCGCAUUAAUGGGACGCGACUUUGACAGCUCCUCAUUUCUUGUCUUGUAACUUUAUUACUUGGCAGCGGGGGCGAGAUUGUGACUGGAGUAGGAGGUAAUGGCUGAGGCUGCUCUUUCCGACUUGGACGUGGUCAUCGACCCGGACUUCGAGCCCCAGAAGCGGCCCAGAUCUUGCACCUGGCCGCUGCCACGACCAGACUCGAACGCGUCGAAACCGGAGAGCAAUGACACAGAUAUUAUACCUGAGGAAGAGGAUGAUGAAGAAGACGAUAAUGCCACCCAAACGGCCAUCGGUGUCAAUGGCUCUGGCUUGGCGACAGAGGACCAGAGCAGCAACAGCCCCGUGGCCGAUGGAGCGCUCUCCUCCCCCGGCCAGGAGAGCGGUGGCUCCCCGUUCUCCGCACACUCCCCGACGGCCACCUCUGGCGCGCUGACCACCAGCAGCUUGGCUGCCCAGCAGACCCCGAGGAAAGCAUCAUCUCGCCGUAACGCCUGGGGGAAUCUCUCCUACGCCGACCUGAUAACCAAAGCCAUUGAUAGCGCGCCGGACAAGAGACUGACACUGUCUCAAAUUUAUGACUGGAUGGUGAGAUCCAUCCCCUACUUCAAAGACAAAGGCGACAGCAACAGCUCUGCAGGAUGGAAGAACUCCAUCCGGCACAAUCUUUCCCUCCACAGCCGCUUUAUCCGUGUCCAGAACGAGGGAACAGGGAAGAGUUCCUGGUGGAUGAUCAACCCAGAGGGAGGGAAGGGUGGCAAGGCUCCUCGCCGCCGUGCAGUCUCCAUGGACAACAGUAACAAGUACACUAAGUCAGCCCGUGGCCGUGCUGCCAAGAAGAAGGCAGCUCUGCAGGCAGCAGCCGCUGCAGGUGGAGAAGGCGGCGGAGACAGUCCUUCAGGUCUUUCCAAGUGGCCUGGAAGCCCAACGUCACGCAGCAGCGAGGAGCUGGACGCCUGGACAGACUUCCGCUCCCGUACUAAUUCCAACGCCAGCACACUGAGCGGUCGCCUCUCACCCAUUCUGGCCAACCCUGAGCUGGACGAGGUGCCCGAUGACGAGCCUCCUCUCUCGCCUAUGCUCUACUCCAGCCCUGGCAGAGCGCUGUCUCCCAGCAACGCCACAACCAACGGGAAGGCUGUGCCGCCUGAGCUGCCCCGCUUGGCAGACCUGGCAGGUACAAUGAACCUGAAUGACGGACUCACAGAUGACCUGAUGGAUGAGUUGCUGGAUAACAUCAACCUGGUGCCAACCGUCUCAGUACCCACCGCUCCAAAUGGUUCCUUAGGGUUCAAUUUUGGGUCCAAACCCAACGGGCUAUGCUCACCUUCCUCCACCUCCUCUCCCUCCACUAACUCUUCUUCUAACGGUGGAGUUAAUGGUUACAGUAACUCCAUCUUUGGCCCCCACACGACGGUCUCCUCUCUGCGUCCAUCCCCGAUGCAGACUAUCCAGGAGAACAAGCAGACCUCUUUCUCCACAAUCAGUCUGUCUCGCUUUGGCAGUCAGACACUACAAGACCUGCUCAACUCUGACAGCCACAGCCACAGUGAUGUCAUGAUGACCCAGUCCGACCCACUGAUGUCACAGGCCAGCGCCGCAGCGGUCAUUUCCAAGAACUCUCGCCGUGGACUCAUGCUCCGUAAUGAUCCCGUAAUGACCUUUGGGACCACUGGAGGACUUCAGGGCAGCCAAGGGGAGAUACUGCAAAGUAACAACCACAACCAGAGUUCCCUAAGGCCUUUAAACGGAGGCCUGAACCUAGCCAACGAGGCUAACGCUCUUGCUAAUGCCAAGCAGCAGCUCCUACUCUCACCCUUGGGAGGAAAUGGUUCCUCUUCCAUGCAGAUUGACACCUCGAUCUUCCUAAACGGAACAGUUAGCGGCAGCGGAGGGAUCUGCCAGGACCGUUUUCCUGCAGAUCUGGACCUGGACAUGUUCAACAGCAGCCUGGAGUGUGAUAUGGACUCCAUCAUCAGGAAUGAGCUGAUGGACGCAGAUGGCCUGGACUUUAACUUUGACUCUCUGGCCAACAUGAACGGGGUUGGCAACUUCAAGAGCACCAAGCAGAACUCUCAGAGCUGGGUACCUGGAUGAGAGGGUCAGGAGAGAGGAGCAGAGCAGGUCUGAACUGUGUAGUGCAAGAGAAGAUCAGACACACAACAUCCUUUUUGCCAAACCUGCCAUCAGCACAACGUAAAAUACGAACCCUGUGUUUACAGAAGAAGACUUCCUCUCGAGAGCUUUACCUUCGCUCCCACACUGGUGAACCAUGAACAAUCCGACAGACUGUAGAGAUACUGCACAUCAGCCCUCAAAGCAUCCUAUCAACAACAAAAAAGAAAGCUAUGUCAAACUCACAAAUCUUAGAAUUAUGCAAUUUUCCUUUGACACCCAGUCUGUUGAUUUCAAAGAGAUACUGCUUUAUCAGAAGGGGUUUCAGGUGGAAUACAACGACUAAAUAUCACGCAAAGAUUGAAGGAGUGCACGAUGCAGUUGUUCCCGUUGAAGACAAAAGAAAAAGACUAAAGUGAAAAAAUCAAGAUGUGUUGUAAAUCUGAUUCAGGGGUUUCCUGGGAUGUUAUGUUGAAAAAAGAAUUUCCCUCUGUUCUCACUUAGUGAUUUUAAAUGUUCAGUGUUUGUUUUUUGGGAUUUCCUGUUUUAUCAUAAUAAUUUCUGCAUCAUAAAUGUCUUUACAAAAAGAAUUGUUGUAUUGAUGAAAUGAAAAGCUGGAAAUUGAGUAUCUUACUGGCUGAGUGGCCACACAUACAGUACAUGCAAACACACAAACAGACUAACCUACCCUUUGCCCCAGUUUGCAAGACCUCCGAACCCUUAGAAAUUAAAUAUUCUCAAUUUAAUGCCAUGCACUUCCAGUUUUAUUCAUACGAAUUGCUUGAAAUCAAUUAAAAGGGUUAUAUUACAAUUAGCUGAAUAUUACAACAAUAUUUGCUAUCUUGUGUGUAUAUCUAACUAUAUUCAAAAAUAUGAAAAAAGACUAGAGGAAGUACAUCUCUGUUACGGAUAUUUGUACAGUGCAGGGCAGUGUAAAGUUCCAGAGGAGGUAAGAUCUUGUCUGUCUUUUCUUAGAUUUCUUAACUUCUGGUGACUUCUGUUGAGGUCGUUUAUCACUGCAUAUAUGUAGCCAAAAUAGAUACCUGUGUCCUAGGGUUGUGAACAUGUCCACACCAUUACAGGUGCUAUGAAAACAGUGUUGAAUCCUGCCCUGAGAGCAAGCUGUGCAUUUUGUUUGUUCGUAUAGUUUCCGUUUUUACCCACGACCUGCAGAAACCCAAAGCUGCAGCCACUUGUAGCACAGCGGGGUUGAACCUGUAGACGGCAGCGGCGGCGGGGGGUGAGAGGAGCAGGGUUUUAGGCUCAUUCCUCUAGAAGCCAUUUGUUUCUCGAAUAAAAACAAUAAGCUAUCUCUGUAUAUUGCCAAAUUACUUGAAACAAAUAGUAGGAUAUGCUGGCAGCCAAAUCACAGCACAUACACACACAUGCACACACAUAGAUAGAAGAAAUAAUACCAGGGAUUUGUGUUAAACUCUGCUGUUUUCUUGUCAUGAGCUUGUGGGGCUUCUUAUGCAUAUAUAGAAUCACUCAGGGGGGAAAAGGGAGGCUUGCUUCCCUUUUAAGUAACAUCAAGUCACAUUCUAAUAGUAUUUUAACAUUUCUUGAUAAAAAAACAGUAAUGCUUUGUGUUUGUGAACUUGUAACCUGUGAACUUUUGGCCGUCAAGAUGAAGAAGGAAGAUAAAUUUCAGGAUUAAGACUUCACGCGGUCUGUUAUUUUCUGUCAUUGUUUUGUUGUUUUCUUUCUCUUGUCGGGCUUGUGUAACACAUACACACAUCCCCUCAUGGACACACCUCGUGCUCCUGCAGGUGACUUCCUCUAUCUCCUGAGUACAUGUUAAUGUGUGUGUGUGUGUGUCUGUGUGUGUGUGUGCGUGAGUGUGCGUGCGUGCGUGCGUGCGUGCGUGCGUGCGUGCUUAUCUGUGGAGUUUAUUUCUGUUGAAUUAAUCUCACGGGAACGUGUAAUCCCUCACUAACCCAUCAUGGUGCAUACAGCACAGCAGACUGUAUGCAUGUUUGUAUUUAUGCAUUAUGAAUUGUGUGAAAUGCAUAUAUACUCACUGUUUGUACUUAUAUACUCAUGUAGUACUUGACCCUUGACCCUUGGAUUUUGUGAUACCUCUGAAGGUAAAGUUGAAGAAAUAAUGAACAACGUUACACGCCCGGUGGGAGGGAACACUGUUACCAGCUAAUUAAUUGUUGAACCAGAUUUGGAAAAUGGUGGAAAGCACCAUUGUUGUAGCAUCUGGACACCCUGGUAUCUCUUCUCUGUCUGGGGUAGCGAUAUGAAGUGUAUGCCCUGCUGUGUAUAAUAGUGUACAGAUGUGUGUAUAUCACUUUGAGGCCAAGGCAGAAGAAUAUGUGCAUGGUUGGCUAGAAUGAUCUACUGUGCUAUCUGAGGUUUAGUGCAUGACCUAGCUGUACCCUUAGACCCUUCCAAUGGUGCCGUCCUGCGACAGAAAUUGUAAUACACAGAGAAACCCUGUGUCUUCAGCACUCAAACACACACACACACUGUCUAUUUUUAAAAUCAGGGCUUUACAGAGCAGAACUUGCACCAUCCUCCCGCAUUAAUGGGUUAAUUAUUAGGAGUGUGUGUACACAUUGUGGCAGACACAGGGAAAGCCUCUUUAACGGACGUUCCUCAGCUUCACUUGUUUUAUUCCAUGUGGAGUACAGCAGGUUCAUGUCCUGGUGCUCUCAGUGAGCGUUUGGUCAUAACUUUGAUGUGGUUAAAGUCAUUGUUUUGGUCAACUGACAACAAGCUGGAAUUUCCUACACACUUGUCUAAAAAUGUCCAGAGCAUUUUCACAUGUCUUUUGGGAGGGGGAAUCCUGAGCCAUCACCUGAAUUGCUAAGCAUUUGAAUUCAACUACACUGACCAUACUAAGUAUUAGGAGCACUUUACUCCUCCUGUGAAGAAGACUGACAAGGUAAAUCCAGGGAACCCUGUAAUCCUUUUUUAUUUAAAGAAGGGUUAUUGAUCCUUGAUCAACUGCAAAUCUCAAUCGCAGGAAGGUGUUCCUUACAUUUUGUACAGUUUUGUUCAGUGUAAAAUGUUUUGGCUCUUUGGGGAGAUAGUUUACACUUUGUCGUAGUGGAGCAGGCCUUCCACACAACCACUCAGCACUACUGCUUCUUUCAGGCACAGAUUAUCUCCUCUUGUGCCCAACACACACACACCUGCAGCACAACACGUGCAACUUUAAAGCUAAGAAAAGCAAAAAAUAGAAGAAACAUACCACUAGAUACCUUAAUCAUCUCUUGGGCGUUUCCUUUUCAUUAUCUUUUCUUGGACCCUUUCCAUCCUUGUUUCGAGGCCCAGGCCAGCUCCCAUCCAAACUCCCUCUGAACUUUGCCCUUUGAAUUUUGCCCUUUAUUAAUCUUGCUUCUUCUCGACUUGAUGUUAGUGGGUAUUUUUCCUGUGUAUUCCAUUUUGAAUUGUAAUCUAGUUUGUAUAAGAAAUGGUGCGCAUGUAAAUAAAGCUUGGUGAGGCUCUACACCCUUUC